AUGGCCCUUUCAGUGUCAGGCUUGUAUUCACCUUCAUUGGAGAAAAGUAAUUCAGAGUUCCUGGGUUCGAAUUCCACGACACCUUCUCCAACAUCGUACAAGUCUCCUGCAGAGCUUGCUAGCCUUGUUCACCCCAAUCUAUCUGAGACUAAUGAAAGACAGACGGCAGCCGUAGUGUCAAAUGAUUACCCAUUUCAUCAGCGAAGUCCUCCACCGUCAGAACUGAAGGAGGAAUUGACAAGAGGAAGAAGAAGAGGACAGUCGGCGUCUGCACGGCCUACCCUACGGCUGCACAUUGCAAAUCCUACUGAACCUCUAGACAAUCAACUAAACGAUGCGCAGGAGAAGGCCAUGAAAUCUACCAUCCAGAUGCUACAAGCCAAGGCGCAGACUGCGCAGACUCUGUAUCCUCGUUCUGUCGUUGCGGCCAACAGUGACAUUCACAAUCGUAGACGAGGAGAAACUGUUUCUGACUUUUCGCGUACAAUACAUCCAGGUUCAUCAGCACCUGGGAGUGGAAACUCGCUUAUCACUGGACACAUGUUGACUAACACUGGGUCGGAACCGGCCCCGGCGACGGUCUUUCACUCUGGACAAGUGGACACCCGCACGGCCUCCUCAUCGCUCAUACGUAUAACAACCGCAAAUUUGAAUUUUUCGGCUGCUGCAGUAGCUCCCACCCCAAACUCUUCUUCCCCAAACUCUACUCCCUCUUCUAGUGGAUCCGCCCAAAAUAUAACGACAAAAAGGCCUUAUCGUGCUUCGCCACUGAUAGGGCCGCAAGCCAUGAUGUCUGCGACGUCUGGGACAAACUCUUCAGUGUCUACUGCACCUACAGCCAUUUUUGCAGAAGACCAUUAUUCCUCCGCGUCGUCGACAUCAGCGUCGACUGUAUCUACACCCGCCACACAAGAGUCUGCCUCAGAAUUUACCAGCAGAACCCUUUCUGGUGCCAAUGUCGGUGUAAGCGGGACAAGACGACCACUACCGGUACCGCCUCCCUCAUCAACAAUAGGUUCAACUAUGCUAUCAGUGGCACCAUCAAAGGCACCAUUAAGUCCUCCUAUUCCUCCUCCUUUACACCCUCUUCACAUUCCUACCCGCUCAUUGACACCGUCUGCUACGCUCAGUCAUGGCUCCAAACCAUUGCAGCAUGGUUUCGGACACGAGAGAUCAUCUUCUGGCGACUUGGAUCUCAAAACCAAUACCAAUGAUCGCAUAGCUGCCGAACUAGCGUAUAGGAUGGAAAAACGAAGAGGCAAACAGCCAAUGCGAGGUGAGACGGCGCCGAAUUCGCCUACAGUAGGCAUUAGAGUGAGAGAAGAGGACGAAAUCCCGUAUGAACUAAGGAGUGAAAAGUGGAGAGGGAAGCAGAAGAUGCAGAAUAAUAUCCAAGAUACAACCUCAUUCCCUCAACAAUUCAUAUCGCCGAAUGACGAUAAUGUCACAGACUUGAUCUCUCCACCCCUGCGUCCGCCUAAUGAGGCGAAGAUUUUCAACACCCAUGAAGUUGGUCUCCCCCCUUCUUUAUCCGGAACCCUGACCAAUCAACCCUCGCGAGCUUCUAUCGCUUCAUCGCAUUCCUCUACGAGGUCCAGCGGUAACGAACGCGGAGUAUCGAAGUGGAAAGGAAAAGGAAAACAAGUGCUGAGAACGCUCUCGAUUUCGAGUAUUUCAAGUCUGGAGAAGGAUGCGGGUGGGAAGUUAUCAAAGUAUGCUCAAUCGAGCGGGAGAGGCAUGGAGGUGAGGAAGAGCGGUGAUUUUUCUUCAUUCAAUGCCAAUGACACUUUUCAGGCUGAUUCUCCCGCGUCAUCGUUCUCUGCAUCGCCUGUCGUGCCUCCUCCUCUAUCUAUGCCGACCCCAGUUCCAUCACCCGCAUCAAUCAACCUUACAAGCCACCCAAGUGCCCUCAUUCCCGGAGGAUACAGUAAUCCUCGCGUAAACUCUCCCCGCCUCAUGGGCAAUAUAGGUUUCGACAGUAGGAGCACUAGUCCGCGUGCGGUAGCUUGGGCCCCGACUCCUCCUCUACCAAUGUAUGUUGAACCUCCGCUUCCGCUCAACAUACGUAAGAUCGCUUCUCCUGGAACUUCCCCAACCAUACCUUUACUCCCUCCCACAUUACCGCCGAAAGACUACAACUAUAAGCAACAGCAGCCCAUUCUUCAGAGCAAUGCACAGGACCAGGCUCCAAUGCACAUUCACCCUUUCGAUAAUGAUGAUUCAGACGAUGAAGGCAACAGAUUGUUCAAAGAUGUUGAAGCAGUAUAUGUGUCUCCCACAACAUAUUCAGCACGUACAGAGGCAACCGAUAGACCUGUAGACAUGGGUUGGGGGUACGCCGAACCAGGAUACGAGGAUGACGAGCGAGUUUACGUUGAUGACGGGUACGAUGACCCAAAUAAUCCGGGCUUAGUUGACGCGCUAGAUAGAGAGUUUGGCUUUGGCGUUAGUGCAUCAGGACAAUUGGUUAACGGAGGUGGAGUAGUACAGUCAAGCUCCAACAUUGCUCAAGGAGGUGUUACCCAUGGAGGAUUCUCUUCGUCCAGAAUUUCGAUAGCGAAGGAACGAAGCCCGUCCCCAAUGCGGUACGCCCGAAGGAGGAGGGACAGUCUCCUCGAAGAUGAUUACGAUAGCCCUGAGUCAAACGGUGUACAGAGUCCCAUCGAAUUUGCAAGUAUUCCUUCUCCCGGUAGCUCUCAGGCACAAUCGAGAAGCCUUAGUCCCGCUGUCCUUGAAGGCUUUGUCUAUGUGGAAAAUAACGCAAGCCCUCUUGCCAGUACUGCUACCCAGAUUUUGAACUCUUUAGACUCACGCCGACCACUCAGUCCGCCAUCCUCGUCUCCUCCUGCUCUCCCUCGGUCCGAUGUUGAUACCCGUGGUCGUCAACCCACUCGUAAACAAAACUAUUUUGAUCCCGCCCAAAUGCUUGGUGACGAGCUCGAAAUGUCUUUUUCGAAAAAUCCUUCGCCGACAAGAUAUCAUCCUACCAAAGGUGUUUAUCAGGUCGGGGCUUUGGCGGUACUGGCAGAGGAUAAAGUCUACGUGAGAGGCAAAUGGCGCAUGCGGAGCCCGAGUCCUGGGUUGAGUCCCGUCAGUCCUACGGGCACAAAUAGUGUGGCAAUCAAUAAGGCGGCUUUGGUCAGUGGACAAGGAGGUGGUUUACGCAGGUACGCUUCAGAAGAGAGUCUCCUUUCAGCCGUAAUGCCUUCGGAGAAAGACAAUCACAUUGCCGGGAACUUCAAUGGAUUCGCACCCCUUCGUUCAAGUGGCUUCGAGGAAUUCAAUCUCGCAGCACCGAACCCAGGCUUUGCUUCCAAAAGAUUCGUCGAUCGCAUACCUACGCCUGACUCCGAUUCAGCGUCUUUCAAUCCCAAUGCUAGCAAGAAAAGUCUUUCCAGUCAAGAUCAUGGCAAUGGAGGUGGAAGCUCUUCUGGGCGCCACACACCAAUCCUACGUGGUCCUGGAUCGAAGCCUGAGCAUGCAGAUGAUUUUGGGUUUGGGACAGGAUGGAAGACGGCACUAGAACACAGCCGUCCUGCGCGAAAGUCAAGGGGUCCGCUAGAAAGAGAUUCAGAUAAAGAUAGUAUCGGCAGGGGGCGUGAGCCUGGAGGUCAAGGUCACACAUCUGGGCGUCGUCCGGCCAAGUUGGAAAAGAAACGAUCUCUCAAGAGGGGGCUUUCGUUGCCUAGAGCGUCCGGUGGUAGUGAUAAUGUGGGUGGUGGUAUUGAAGGUGAUAUGAAACGGAGUGGAACAUCUGUUGCCCAUCAACGACAUCUACAGCCUUCAGAACACAUUUCAUAUGACUUAUGGGUGGAAAGAGGGCUGGAUCAGACGAGUGCUGCAGUCAAGGGCAAAAAGACCAUUCCCCCCUCCAAGAUAUGA